AUGCACCUUGGAGCUUGGAUUUGUUUCUCAGUGCUGGCCGUCGUGAAGGCCCAGCAGCCCGGCGAUGAUGGCUUCGACGAGCUCGCCUUUGGCAUCGUCAUGGCCAUUUUGGUGGAUGUCCUCCUUCUCGUGGCCUGCAUCUGGCACCUCUAUACCAGACGGGAGGAUGCCCCGGUCUAUGGAAAGCCCGCGGUGCCAGAAGGCCGGGACCCCAAGGAGUUUGCCAUCGCCGAGCUCCAGGCCGCCUUCGAUGCCAGGAACGUUCUUGCCACACAGCAGAAGGUCUUCGAGCAGUGGCUGCAACCCAUAUGGAGCUGGAUCAACAUCACUCGGGCCUUGCAGCAGGCCAUGGAAGAUGGGGAAGUCCCGAAUUGGUCACCGCGGUCGUGGAAGUGUUACGACGAGGCCAACUUGAAGAGCGACCUGGGCCUCUUGGGCCGCAUGGCAUCUUGCCCUUUCAGGAUUCUCACGACCUCCAGCUUCGAAGGCAAGCCCUCCUACAUGGACAGGGGCACAGGUGCAGCAACCAACCUGGGCAUGUGGAGGCCCAAGAGAGGGAGCGAGGGCCUCUACUAUCUCGGUGACUAUUGCCAGCAGAGCCAUGCCGGGGACAUGCACCUGACGGCCAUGCUCUUGCAACACAUGCCGGGACACGAGGAUUCCUUGAAAGCCCCGGUCGCCAUGACCUUCAACUGGAAUGACAGACACACCCGUGGUGACCAUGAUGGCGGCUUGUUCACGCCGGGUUGCGCAGAGGGCUACCGCCCGGUGGGGAGCGUCGGUGAGCAGGAUCUGCCUGAUAGUCGGGCAGGGCCUGACAACCCUCCACCACCCAGCCGAUUCAAUGGCCUGGAAGAGGUGCAUCUCACCAAGGCCGACUGGAUGUGGACGGACCAUAACAGUGGUGGGCAUUAUGAUGGUGCCGUCUUUGUAGGCCCUGUCUACAUGACGGCAAGUGGUGUCUUGGUCUACGGCCCUUGCCACGCUGCCCGGGGCCACCCAUUUCAUUACACGGUGUAUCGUCUCAACGAGUCCCUAGUUAGGUGGUGCACGGGCAUGCCGGCAGCGUGA